AGCUUCUGGUGCAAGAUGCAUGUAAUGAACUAGCUAUCCAACGUAGCGAAAGUUAGCUAGUGGGAGCUACUUUUAGUAGCUUGUUAAUGCAUCUGUGUUAUAGUAUAGGCAGUUGCAAGCUAGUGUCAACACAUUAACUAGCAAGCUAAUAAUUAGCUAGCACGAUAAGCUAACCGUACCAGACUGCAGCACGUCAGUGGAAGUGAUUGGCAAGUCUCAUUUGGCAGAUGGCUAACUUGGUAGCUAGCUCCAUCGAGCCAUGCGACAGUGGUGCCUCCCGGCUGCGGUCCCGCGAACCGAACCGAUGCCCACAGGGCGCCUCUCACCCCCGCUAUCAGAUGUCAGGAUGGAGUGUUGUGAGGUGGAGCCACGCUAUACCAUCGAGCAGAUCGACCUCCUCCAGCGUCUCCGUCUCUCAGGGAUGACCAAGCCACAGAUCAUCCAGGCCUUGGAGUCCCUAGAGCGGCUAGAUCCCGACCAUCGCCCCCCGUACUGCAACGACACCCACACCGCCAACCCAACCAACGACACCACCCCUACCACAGCCUCCGCCCCAGCCCCCUCCUCCUCUUCCUCCUCCUCUUCUUCCUCCCUCUCCUUGGCCUCCGCCACAACGCAGACCCCUGGGCUGGACGGCGCCUCGCUGUCGCCUAGUAACAGCUAUGAGGCCUCUCCCCCGCCGAUGUACCCACACGGGGUUGGAGUUCAGAAGUCACUUAGCUAUGACAUCAUGGCAGAGGAGGACUGGGAUCUGGAGGAGAAGGUGGAGGAGUACAUGAGGAGGGACAGUAACCUGGUGAAGGAGGAGAUUAAAACCUUCCUCAACAAUCGCAGGAUCUCCCAGGCCAUUGUGGGACAGGUCACAGGUAUCAGUCAGAGCUAUAUCUCUCAGUGGUUGCUGCAGCAGGGCUUGGAGAUGAGCGACUCCAAACGCAGAGCCUUCUACCGCUGGUACCUGCUUGAGCGAAACAACCCAGGGCUGAGAUGGAGUGAAAGCCAGCACGGCCCAGCGGGUCUGGGCCCAGGGCUCUGUGGUCUCGGCCAGGGGUUGGGUCAGAACCUGGGCUCUGGACCCGCCAGGGGAGGGGACAGAGACGUCACAGGGAUGGUGGGAAACGCCGCUACGGGCGCCACAGCCGCGGCCACGGCCGCCACCACCUGGGGCAGGCAGAGAGAGCUGCUGAUGCACCUCCUCCCAUGGUACACUGCUGCCGCACAGCAGGCACAGCCAGGUGCUACCCUGUCGAUGCGCUCCCUGGUGAAGGAGGAGCCUGAUUGGAGAACGGGGGUCAGCCCUGGGGAGAGGGGCGGGGUGGUGGGUGGUCCUCUGAGGCUGCGGAGGGGAAGCAGGUUCACCUGGAGGAAGGAGUGCCAGUCAAUCAUGGAGAGUUUCUUCAUGGAGAACCAGUACCCUGAUGAAGCGAAGAGAGAGGAGAUCGCUAACACCUGCAACUCAGUCAUCCAGAAACCUGGAUGCAAGCUGUCUGAGUUUGAGCGUGUCACGGCUCUGAAAGUGUACAACUGGUUCGCCAACCGCCGGAAAGAGAUGAAGAGACGGGCUAAUAUAGAGGCAGCCAUCUUGGAGAGUCAUGGUAUCGAGGUUCCAAGCCCGAGCUGUCAAUCCAACGGGGAGGAGUUGGAACCACAGGACUUCGCAGAGCAAGUGAAUCAACGAUUCAUAGAGCAGGUGAAUCAACGAUUCAUAGAGCAGGUGAAUCAACGAUUCAUAGAGCAGGUGAAUCAACGAUUCAUAGAGCAGGAAGAGAUCUCUUCCAGGAAGGACCUUGAUCUACAAGACACCUCCUCAUUGGCUGCCGUCGAGGUCCUUCCCCCUCCAAGCCCCACCUCUCAGGUUCUGGAACAGAAAGCUGAUGAAUCGAAGAGAGAGACAGUGGACGAGGAGUGACCAAUGGGAGAGCGUGGAUUUGAAUAUAUAACGGCAUAUUAAAAUAUAAUAUUAAUAAUA